AUGGCAGGCGCGUUCCGACCGGUGAACUCGUCGCUGUUGGGCGAGUCCAUCAAGGAGGAGCCCAUGACGACAUGCUCUUCCUCAUCCGUCACGCCCCGGCCGAGUGCAGCAUCGCACCAUCCACCACAACCACAACAGUCUCGUACUCUGCCCGACGAUUCGAAGACGCCAACUCGAUCGACAUUCAGCUCUGCUGUUUCCGAUCAAAAACCACUGCCCAACGCUCCGUUCCCUCCUACCGGACAGGCCUCCGAAUCAGCAGAUGGUAUGCCACGCCGUGAAAACUCGCAACAUUCUACCAAGUCGUCCAGAAGAGAUUCUAUGGAUGUAGAUAUGGAUGAUUCCGACGGAGACACUGGCGCCGGUGGCGAUGACGGUACGAUUUCCGAUGGGGACAGUGUAGGUGCCGAUGGCUCGAAAUCAAAUAAAAAGAAAAAGUCUCAACGAUUCUAUUGUACCGACUAUCCACCAUGCAAUCUCAGUUUCACCAGGAGCGAACACUUGGCCCGACACAUCAGAAAACACACCGGGGAACGACCAUUUCAAUGUCAUUGCUCCCGCCGCUUCUCGCGGCUUGACAACCUGAGACAGCAUGCUCAGACUGUUCAUGUAAACGAGGAUAUUCCGACGGAUUCACUUGCGGCAACAGGUUCGCGCUUCCAGCGGCAAAUGCGAACUACAGAGAGAGUACGGCAAGCAGGCAACAGAGCCAGAGCAUCAACGGGUGGCAGCGCGGGCGGGCCUGUUCGUGGCCAUUCCAAGAGUCUGUCCACGUCCAGCAUUGCCAGCAUCAGCUCUGUUGGCUCGGGCUAUGGUCCUCAGAUGGAUGUGAGGAGGCGACCGCCACCCCUGGUCAUGGCCGCGGAUCCUCGGUCUCGGAUGUCGCUUGAAUCAUACCGAAGCAACGCAGACAGCACGUUUUCAUAUCGACCCCCAUCCCCUGGCGAUUUCAGCACCCCGACGUCUGCUACCUUCUCAACGGCACAGAGCAGCCCGCGGUGGAUGUCUGGAAUGGCCUCGCCUACGUCAUCCCACUCACGAUCCCAAAGCAUGUACAGUUCCGGAAACCGAACGCCGGGCCGACGGCUUAGUGUGCCAUCCAGCGCAAAUCCCUUCCAGUCAGCUCCCGGACGUGCCUUAUUCAGUGCUGGUCAGAUGAACAGCUCACACCCAUCCGCCUUCUCGCCCGCGGGCUCGAGUCUAGUUCCGUCUCCGACGUCGACUACAUCUGGGUGGUCCACUCGGCGAGACUCUGUCUCAAGCGCCGGCGACGACGCGUGGAGGAGACGCACAUGGCACCCAGACAGCCGAAAUUACGGUAACCAGCCGCCACAGACUCAGUCGAACCAACUGGCCGGGGUCAAUCAGAGCGUGGGACCAAAUCCUCCUCCGCCUAUCGCAAACCCGUCAAGCUCUCAGUCAUCUCUGCGCCUUCCCGGUAUUGAGUCGUUCGACCCGCUUCCACGCCGACAUCCGACACCACCACCACCCCAGCCGCAGCAGCAACAUGGUCCUUCGGCCAUGGCCAUAGACUCUGAGACGGCAUAUAGACGAUCUUUCCAGCCUGGAGUAGGUGAAACGAUUCAGCCUGACGAACGCCGCAAUUUGAACAUGUAUGAUGCCAGCCUGCAACGUGGAUUAAACCGUCUAGAUAUUAGCCACAAGACACCCCCUCGUGAUAGCGCCGGAAGUUGGGCCUCCGAGGCUAACAGGGCUGUCCAAGCCCAAGCUGAGCGCGUUCAGAUGCAAGUCAAUCAACCAAGCGUUCGGUUUCAGGAUCAGGUACCUCCUUCCCGACAGUUUCCAGCUUCUGUGCAUAGUGGUCGAUCUCUUCACCAACAUACCAUGUCGGCGCCGUCAAUUGCAACGCCGCGAGAGAAUAAAAGGCACGGCUGGUACCACGGACCUGCGCCAUCGCAGGCACACAGUGAGCAUGUCAUGCAGGAUCCCCGCGGCGCCCAUGUUGAUCGCAUGGUUCACCCAAACUUCACCGGUUUUAACGGCUUUCCUGGCAGAGAACAGCCGGCUCAGACCCAACAACAGGACGGAAAAGCAAAUCCUGACUCGCUCAGGCGCUUGGAGGCGCUUGUGGCCGUCGCGACGAGCGAAGGAACGACAGCGACAGCUUAUUAG